UUGAUGCUAUAGCAUUGGAAAACUUAGUUGAAGGAGGCGACGAUGGAACAAAGGUAAUGCAUAUGUGUUCUCUGUUUCGUUUAUGAGACUCUCAUAUAUAUAUAUACUUUCCCCUUACCGAUCAUUAUAUAUAUAUUGCAAGUUCCAAACCCUAACUCUUAAUAAUUUUUCGUACGUACGUUUUUGGUGGUGAAAGGUUGAGAAGAAGGCUAGGUUAUGUGAAUGCGGACAGGAUUAGUGAGUUGCCUGAAGCUUUGCUAGUACAUAUACUGUCUUUGCUUCCAACAACAAAACAUGUCAUAGUCACAAGUGUUUUGUCUAAAGGAUGGCGAUCACUUUGGAAGAUGGUCCCUAGGCUCGUGUUCGCAUCUCCCAAUCAGAAAUAUGAAGAUAAUGUUAUUAGUACGUCUUUGGUUUCACAUGAAGCUCCAGUUCUAGAGAGUUUGCGUCUGAGGCUAGUUAGACAUAAUUAUAUGUAUAUGGGAGAUAUUAGAGCAUGGCUGGGGAUUGCAUUUGCCCGCCAUGUGCGUGAGCUGGUGCUAGAUGUUAACUUUCGCGUAUCUUUUCCAGGUAGCAUGUUUUGCUCUGCUUCUUCACUUGAGACCUUGAUACUCAAGAACUCGAUCCAUGUGGAUGUUCCUUGUCCCGUUUCUAUGAAGUCCCUUAAAACUCUUCACCUUAAAGAUGUGACGUACAAAGACGACGAAUCAGUUCGUAACCUUUUAUCUGGCUGUCCUAGUCUUGAAGAUUUGCAAGUGGAUCGAGGUUACUCUAUUCAUGAUGCAAAGAUUUUCAUUAUUGCCGCGCCAUCUUUGAAGAGACUUUCCAUAUGCGAUCCCUGUAAUGGACGAGAGGGUGGGGGCUACGUGAUCAACGCUCCUUGUUUAAAAUACUUGGAAAUUGAGAUGAUAAAAGGUUGUGACUUCUGUCUGAUUGAGAAUUCGCCAGAGCUAGUUGAGGCAGCUAUUAGAAACGUAUCUUGGAUAGUCAACGAGACGAUUCUGAGAUCUCUCAAACCAAUCAAACGACUUUCCUUAAACUUAUCACCCCUGGAGAUUAACUGUCCUACUGGUACUAUCUUCUAUCAGCUGGUAUAUUUAGAAGUGUACACACAUAAAGUGGAGUGGUGGAAUCUUCUUAUCCUCAUGCUCGAUAACUCUCCUAAACUCCAAGUCCUCAAGAUCACCGAUUGUUUGCCUUGUCCUUAUUAUGGUUUGGUCGGCAAGAAAUUGAGUGAACAAGAGUAUGUUCCUGAAUGUUUGCUGUCCCAACUCGAGACAUUUGUGUGGAAAAAUUACGACUGGACAAGCGAAGAAAAGAAAGAAGUGGCUACUUAUAUUCUAAGGAACGCAAUACGGUUGAAGAAGGCAUAUUUCUUCAUUAACCGUAUAACUAGAAAGUGUAACGAGUUGGAAGAGAGACUUCAAAUGCUCAAGGAGCUGGUUUCAAAUUCAUGUCACUUCGUUUCUAAAUAUGAAUGAUAUUUUUAUGUAUUAUUAGCCUUUUCUUGUCAAAUACAACUUUUUACUAUAGCUGAGAAUAUAUCUACUGAAAGAAAUUCUAUAAAAAGAAGAAAAGGGAAAGAAAAAAAAACAGAGAGAUCAAACACUAA